CCUAGCCCUCCACGAGGUUAGAUUAGAUAGAUCGUUUGCACCUUUAUUGUAUAAAGUUAAAUAUUAAACUUAUUGGGUUCAUCUACAAGUUACUCCUCAAAGCUAUCUGGUCCUUUCAAUCCAAAUGCUUAACCUAACCAAAGCUCCUUAUAAAUAAAAAUAAAUUAUUUAAAAAUAAAUCGCCGCGCAUUUUAUCAUAAUAUUUGAUAAGAACAAUAUUGAUAACAAAAACUAAAAAUUAUAAAGCCAUGGAACCGGAGAUUUUUUCUGUCAAGAUCAUUCGUUUGGCGACUGGCGUCUGUGUCUGGUGUGUGACCUACAUUGUUCAUUAUUUUUUGAAGGAGCCGUAUUCUCUUCGUCAUAGACGUCAACACCGUUCAUCUGUUUUGCAAUGAUUUUUCACACAUCAAAAAUGGCUGAAAACAAAGGAGAUGCCCAUGAAAUUAAAAUUACAGUUAAUGUUCUUGGCAUAGAUAAUAAUAUUAUCCAAUUUAGUAUCAAGAAACAUUGUCAUUUACAAAAGCUCAUGGAUGCUUACUACAUAAGAUCUGGUUUAGAUGAGGCAUCAAUAACAUUCCAAAUUGAUGGAAAACGAAUUCAUGGAAUAAAUACUCUACAAGACGCAGGGAUAAAGAAUAAUGACACAAUUGAAGUAUACCAACAGCAGUUUGGUGGAGGCCUUUAUUUGAACUAUUAUUAACUACUUAUUAUUUGACAUAAUCAAAAAAUGUUUAAAAUAAUCAAUUAAUAUGAUAUCAAGAACUACAUUUAAUAGAUACAUUAAUUGAUGUGUGUAGAACAUUAUAUAUAAAAUAUGUACUGUAAAACUUAAUUUGUAAACAAAUUUAUUCAUACUAUUAAUAUUUUUUUCAUA